CGGCUGCACACCAGUCGGGACACUGCACAGACCCUCGCCACGGACGCACACCAGCCGGGGCGCAGGAACCCCAGUGCAGGGGCGAGGGCGGGCCAAGGCAGAGCUUACAGGAGGGUUGGCAGGCGCGGCGGAAGGGGCGGGUGGAGGAGCCGGUGGCUGGCGGGACAGUGCGCAGGCGCGCGUGCUCGCGGCGGUUACGCCGUCCGCGGCCGACUCGGGGCGGGGUUGGGCUUCGGCGCCGGAAAAGGGUUGGGUGUGCGGGACUGAGACGCGUUGUCGGUGGUGGUGGGUGGCGGUGGUGGUGGUGGGUGGUGCGGUGGUGUGUGGUGGCGGCGGCUGCGGCGGUAACAGCUGCGCGCAGGCGCGGGUGCGAACGGGAAACGCUGCGAGGGCCGAGCCGGGCCGGACGGUGGGGAGGACGGAAGGCGACCAUGGCCGCGACGGCAAGUGGUGGCGGGCCCGGGGCGGCAGCAGGCGGCACGGGCGCCGGGGGAACAGCGGCGGCCGCUUCGGGUCUGGCGGUUUAUCGGCGGAAGGACGGGGGUCCGGCCAGCAAGUUCUGGGAGAGCCCGGAGACGGUGUCCCAGCUAGAUUCGGUUCGCGUUUGGCUGGGCAAGCACUACAAGAAGUAUGUUCAUGCAGAUGCUCCUACCAAUAAAACGCUGGCUGGGCUGGUGGUGCAGCUUCUCCAGUUCCAGGAAGAUGCUUUUGGGAAGCAUGUCACUAAUCCGGCCUUCACCAAACUUCCUGCUAAGUGUUUCAUGGAUUUCAAAGCUGGAGGUACCUUGUGUCACAUUCUUGGGGCUGCUUACAAGUAUAAAAAUGAGCAGGGCUGGCGACGAUUUGACCUACAGAAUCCAUCUCGAAUGGAUCGUAAUGUGGAAAUGUUUAUGAACAUUGAGAAAACAUUGGUGCAGAACAAUUGUCUCAACAGACCCAACAUCUACCUCAUUCCAGACAUCGAUCUGAAGUUGGCUAACAAGUUGAAAGAUAUCAUCAAACGACAUCAGGGGACAUUUACUGAUGAAAAGUCAAAAGCUUCCCACCAUGUUUAUCCAUAUCUUUCCUCACAAGAGGAUGAAGAAUGGUUGAGGCCGGUGAUGAGGAAGGACAAGCAGGUGUUAGUGCAUUGGGGAUUUUAUCCGGACAGCUAUGAUACCUGGAUGCAUAGUAAUGAUGUUGAUGCUGAAAUUGAGGAUCCACCCAUUCCAGAAAAGCCGUGGAAGGUUCAUGUGAAAUGGAUUUUGGACACUGACGUUUUCAAUGAAUGGAUGAAUGAGGAGGAUUAUGAGGUGGAUGAGAACAGGAAGCCAGUGAGCUUUCGUCAGCGAAUUUCAACAAAGAAUGAAGAGCCAGUCAGAAGUCCAGAAAGAAGAGAUAGAAAAGCAUCAGCCAGUGCUCGUAAGAGGAAACAUUCACCUUCACCUCCCCCUCCCACACCCACUGAGUCCCGGAAAAAGAGUGGGAAGAAAGGCCAAGCUAGUCUUUAUGGGAAGCGCAGAAAUCAGAAAGAUGAUGAUGAGCAGGAAGAUCUUACCAAGGACAUGGAGGACCCAACACCUGUACCCAAUAUAGAGGAAGUAGUGCUUCCCAAAAAUGUAAACCCAAAGAAAGAUAGUGAAAAUACACCUGUUAAAGGAGGAACUGUAGCAGAUCUAGAUGAGCAGGAUGAAGAAACAGUUACAACAGGAGGAAAGGAAGAUGACGAUCCCAGCAAAGGUGAUCCAAGUCGAUCAGUUGACCCUGGUGAAGAUAAUGUGACAGAGCAGACCAAUCACAUCAUUAUUCCUAGCUAUGCAUCAUGGUUUGAUUACAACUGUAUUCAUGUGAUUGAACGUCGUGCUCUUCCGGAGUUUUUCAACGGAAAGAACAAAUCCAAGACUCCAGAAAUAUACUUGGCAUAUAGAAAUUUUAUGAUUGACACAUACCGCCUAAAUCCCCAAGAAUACUUAACCAGCACUGCAUGUCGGAGGAAUUUGACUGGAGAUGUAUGUGCUGUGAUGAGGGUUCAUGCCUUUUUAGAGCAGUGGGGACUGGUUAAUUACCAAGUUGAUCCAGAAAGCCGACCUAUGGCAAUGGGGCCUCCACCAACUCCUCACUUCAAUGUGUUAGCUGAUACUCCCUCAGGGCUUGUACCUCUGCACCUUCGAUCACCUCAGAUCCCUGCUGCUCAGCAGAUGUUAAAUUUUCCCGAGAAGAACAAGGAAAAACCAAUUGAUUUGCAGAAUUUUGGUCUUCGUACUGACAUUUACUCCAAGAAGACAUUGGCAAAGAGUAAAGGUGCUAGUGCUGGAAGGGAGUGGACAGAACAGGAGACCCUGCUACUCCUGGAGGCUCUGGAGAUGUAUAAAGAUGACUGGAACAAAGUGUCGGAACAUGUUGGAAGUCGCACUCAGGAUGAGUGCAUUCUCCACUUCUUGAGGCUUCCCAUUGAAGACCCAUACCUUGAAAACUCUGAUGCUUCUUUGGGGCCUCUGGCCUACCAGCCUGUCCCCUUUAGUCAGUCGGGAAAUCCAGUGAUGAGCACUGUGGCGUUUUUGGCAUCUGUGGUGGACCCUCGUGUGGCAUCUGCUGCAGCAAAAGCAGCUUUGGAGGAGUUUUCUCGCGUUCGGGAAGAAGUACCACUGGAAUUGGUUGAAGCUCAUGUCAAAAAAGUACAGGAGGCAGCCCGUGUCUCUGGGAAGGUAGAUCCCACCUAUGGCCUGGAGAGCAGCUGUAUUGCAGGCACGGGGCCCGAAGAGCCGGAGAAGCUGGAAGGAGCUGAAGAGGAGAAAAUGGAAGCAGAUACAGACAGCCAGCAGCCUGAGAAGGUAGAAAGCAAAGUAGAAAAUGAAGUGGAUGAAGCUGAUAAAACACAAGAUGGAGAAAAUGAGAAACAUGAUGAGAAGGAGCCCGACAGUGAAGUUAGUGAGGAUACCAAAUCAGAUGAGAAAGAGACUGAAGAGAAGAAGGAACUCCCUGAUGCGUGUAGAGAAAAAGAAAAUGAGAUUGGGAAGAAGAAAGUAGAACAUGAGAUUUCUGAAGGAAAUGUUGCCACAGCUGCAGCAGCUGCUCUCGCCUCAGCUGCGACCAAAGCCAAGCACCUGGCUGCCGUGGAAGAGAGAAAGAUCAAGUCCUUGGUAGCACUCCUGGUUGAGACUCAGAUGAAGAAAUUAGAGAUCAAACUUCGACAUUUUGAGGAGCUGGAAACUAUCAUGGACAGAGAAAAAGAGGCUCUGGAACAGCAGAGGCAGCAGCUGCUUACUGAGCGCCAGAAUUUCCACAUGGAGCAGCUGAAGUAUGCCGAAUUGCGUGCCCGACAACAAAUGGAGCAGCAGCAGCAGCAUGGCCAGAACCCUCAGCAGGCACACCAGCACACAGGAGGACCAGGCCUGGCCCCACUGGGUGCAGCAGCACACCCCGGCAUGAUGCCUCAUCAACAGCCCCCGCCUUACCCUCUGAUGCACCACCAGAUGCCACCACCUCAUCCACCCCAGCCAGGUCAGAUACCAGGCCCAGGUUCCAUGAUGCCUGGGCAGCCCAUACCAGGCCGCAUGAUUCCCGCCGUGGGAGCCAACAUCCAUCCUUCAGGGGGUGGUCCUACCCCCCCUGUUAUGCCUCCAAUGCCAGGCAAUAUCUUAGGACCCCGGGUACCUCUCACAGCACCUAAUGGCAUGUAUCCCCCUCCACCACAGCAGCCGCCGCCACAGCCACCUGCAGACGGGGUCCCUCCACCUACUGCUCCAGGCCCACCAGCCUCGGCUGCUCCGUGACCUGGAAGAAACAGGAAACACCAGCGCCCACCACCAUGGAACUUGGGUGACAAGACUUGCGUUCCUCAGCUUCCUCGUGUUUCUUUCAGGACUUUUCUUGCAGCUCCAAGCACAUUUCCUGUGUCCCUCCACUCCCCUUGCCACCCCCUCCAUGCUCUGACACCUCUUGUGUCAGGGCCUCUGCCUGCGCUCAAGAGGGAGCCUGUGGUGCCAGUGUGUGCUGGUCACUCAAAAUUAUAUCUCCCCUGUCCUGUUGAGGGGGCUGUUGGCAGUCUGUUCCGCAGGUCAGCAUUAGUGUCCAUGUCUUCAUCAUCUUCACCCUCCUGCAGUUUUUGUUUUGUCUUCUGCUUCUGUGGAUACUGCUCUGUAAUCAUUGUCUUUCUUUU